AAGAAGUUGACAACCAAUGAAUUGUCUCUGGGAGGAAACACUGUUCGUUACUUUUCCGUUUCUGUUCUGUCCGUCCCAUAACCUUUAAAACACCAUGGAGUUAGAGCACUGAAAGUUUCCGUAACUUUCCAAACAUUCCCGCAGGCAGAAAAACAGACCGACCCCCGGCUCCCUCUCUUCGGGUCACUCCGCGGUUACUUUCCGGUGUUUUGUGGUCUGACCGGGAGAGACUGCAGAGAUGUCCGACAACGGUGGCUCUGCUGUCGGCCUUCUGUCUUACGAGACGCUGGUUCACGCUGUGGCAGGUGCAAUGGGGAGUGUGACAGCGAUGACAGUCUUCUUUCCUUUGGACACAGCUAAAAGCAGACUGCAGGUUGAUGAGAAGAGAAAGUCUAACUCUACCCCCAUCAUCCUGGCUGAGAUAGCAAAGGAAGAAGGCCUCCUGUCUCUGUACAGAGGCUGGUUACCAGUCAUCUCCAGCCUCUGCUGCUCUAACUUUGUCUACUUCUACACCUUCAACACCCUGAAGAAGCUGGCAGCAUCCGGGCAAGGGCAGUCCAGACCGGGAAAAGACCUCCUCAUGGGUGUGGUAUCAGGGGUGGUGAAUGUGAUCCUGACCACUCCCAUGUGGGUGGUCAACACUCGAUUGAAGCUGCAGGGGGCAAAGUUCAGGAACGAAGACAUCCAGCAGACCCAGUACAGAGGCAUCUUUGAUGCUUUCUCACAGAUCAUCGCCACUGAGGGAGUAGGAACUCUGUGGAACGGCGUUAUGCCUUCGCUCAUCCUCGUGCUCAACCCGGCAGUACAGUUCAUGAUUUAUGAGGCCAUGAAGAGGAAGGCAGGCAAUGGAGGGAGGAAGAUCACUUCAGCAGAGAUCUUUCUCAUUGGAGCCGUCGCCAAGGCCAUUGCUACCACUGCAACAUAUCCUCUGCAGACAGUUCAGGCCAUCCUCAGAUUUGGCCAGCACAAAGGUGAUGGGAAGGGCGGCGUGAUGGGAAGCCUCUCGAACAUUUUCUCCAUGCUAAUGGCCAGAAUCAAGAGGUAUGGUGUUCUCGGUCUGUACAAAGGUCUGGAGGCCAAGCUGCUACAGACGGUACUGACGGCUGCCCUCAUGUUUGUUGUUUACGAGAAAAUCACCGCUGCUACAUUCAAAGUCAUGGGCAUUAACAAGAAACUGAAGCAGUGAACACACUCCUUCUUGAAUACUGGAAUGUACUAGUGAACUCCUCGUCCGUAGGUUUUUAUCAAUCCCUCAGCUCGUUAAAAGCAUGCACCAGAGCCUUGGAUUGAUAGUUAUAAUACUGUCUCUUUCUUAACUUUUUACUUUCCAUUUACGCUGACUGGCAUUGAUUUUUUUUCCCCCGCUGGUUAAUCUCUGUUGAGUUUGGUCUUAGUGAUCUUACCAUGUGAGAUAACUAGUCUGGAAAAAUAUCACAGUUAUUCUUACAGUUUUACGUCUACAAGGUUUACAUCACAUGACAUUUGGGGAAAUAUAAUUAUUUGCUUUCUACCCGACAGAUGAGUCUUCAGAAAAAUACUGUUCCUUACAAAGAAUUACUGAGUAAUCUAAAUUCCCAUGCACACCAGGAUACCAGUAAAACACUUUGAGUUAUUUAAAAAAGUAACAAAAAAAGUCCAUGUUGCGAAAUGCUCUAUCACCAGUGUCACAUGUUGCUUUAUCAGAUUUGCUUAUGUGCUGUGGUUUACCCCGCUGCACACAGAGAAGCAUUACUUCAUGUUGUGUAAAUUUAAACUUAAAAGUGAAGAUGGAUUUAACUUCUUUCGGACAGAAUCAGGCAAGCACUUUACCCAUUUCCAGUCUUUGUGCUAUGCUAAAGCAUCAACUGCUGUAGUUGCAUAUAAAAUGUGACAAACAUGAGUGGUAUUAAUCGUCUCACCCUAAUCUCUGCUCAACAGCAAGUAAGCUUAUUUCCCAAAAUAUCACACAUUUCUUUGAACAUUAAGGGCGUGCUGCAAAUAAGCUACGUACUCUGUUAUUGCCUUGAUCCAAACUACUGGACCAUACUUCACACACGCUCGUCCUAUGUGUUAACUCUUAUUUCAUAGAAACCUCAUCAAAUCCCGCCAGAUGAUGUUUAAUAUGCUGAUUCAACACGUUAGCAUUUCACACAUAUCAGCAGUAAUAAAGAAUAACUGUGAGAGGGAGAAUCAUCCCAUACAUAUUUUAUUAUGGGUAAAAUCUGAAUGGUUUUGAUUUUAACAAUUAUAAUGUGUUAAUGAAAAAUCUGAGUAAAACUUACAAAACAUGUAUAUAAUACUAAAGUGCCUCUAAGUGAUAUAUCUAAAUCUGCACUAUGAGUGGAUAUAAAAGCUGGGAUGACCGUUGAUGAUUUACACAAACCCAUGAUGCAUUUAACCAUCUUCUUGGUUGUACUGGUCAGUAUGAACAUGGUGAACUCUGUCUUCCUUUUUAUAUCUUAAUAUUCUGUUAAAUGUGUUAGGUAUUCCGAUUUAUCAGUCAUUUUCAGUAUUUGUAUCACAGUGUUCUUUCUCGAUUUGGUGAAUCAAGGUUUACGCUGCCUUUUACUUUAAAACCAAUGUGAAAGUUCAUUCACUUUGUUGGUUUACCACUUGUUCACUCUGGUAACUUGAGUUGUAAUCAUUACAAGAGCUGCUGCUCUCAAUAUUACUUUGCAACAUUACAUUUAGGAGAUGACUUCCUUUUGACUUUUCAUUGAAUUAAGGCUGGUUUCAAGUAGUAAGAACACUAAAUUUAACAAAAAUGGAAAUGUACCAGAUAUGAGCUCCUACCAUAUCUUGGUGUUUUGGACACAAACUCAAUUAUGAUUGGUGUGGUUGUUUUUAAAUUGACAACUUGAAAUAAACAUGUACAUCCAGUUAGGGAAUGUAAAUGUAGACUUAACACAAAUGAGUUCAUAAAAAAAUGAAAUGAAAUAAAUAGACUGUGUGUGUUAGGAAAGAAAAUAGCAAAAUCUAGGAAUAGGUGUGUGAAAAAGAAAGUGCUGACUAUGGAGAAUGUAACUGAUUUUGGUGAGCAAAUGACAAAUAUAGCUUUAUUUAUAGUUUAGAAAAGGUUUGAAGGUUACAUUGGCACAAUAGUAACUAUAAUACAUUAAGACUAUUAAUGACUGUCUUCAGAACAUUCUUUUUACCCUAAUGGCUUAUGCUAUAGCAAAAAGAAUCGCCAACAUGUUUUGUCUUUGUUUGUGGAUCCAAUACUUACUUGAAUUAAGUCUCCAUGUAGUUACUUAACUUUUUUUUAAACAAAUUGUUUUAUAAUUUUGUUUCCAUUAACAUACUCCUGUUUUGGGGGGGGUUAAAUUAUUGUAAUGUCAUAAUAAAGUUUGAGAAAAAAGAUGA